AUGUUCGUUGUCGGGGUGCUUGCGAUUGUUCCUGUAAUAGCGGCAGACUCGGAGCAGACCGCACACGACCUUAAGACGCAUCUCCACAAGUCGAAACCGCUCACGACACAAAAUGCGCUGGAGAUGGCUGAAUUAGACAAGGCCGAUAAGGCCGCAAAGGGCUCCGGGGAGAACGGAAAGCGCGACUUUAGAUCUAACUGGCAUGCACACGAAGAUCGCUUCCAUGGACAUGAACGCUAUGAGCAGUACUACCCUCAGCGCGAGGGGAGACGGUCCUACCGUCACGAGGACUCGCAGUACCACUAUGCCCGUGCUGUGGUUCGUGCCUUUCUUGAUGAACUGCGGUAG